AUCUGAUCGUUAUUUUCAAAAUGGCGGUUUAAGUAAACCUAGUGGCUAGUCUUUGAGUCGUAAAUUGUAAUUUUGUGAGCAUUUGCGUUUUGUUUGGUUUUACUUUACUAUAUAAAGAACAGUUGUAAUUAACAAUCAUAAAUAUUUUAAUCAUGAGUAACUCAUCGGCUCUUUUUGCUUGCUCAAGGUGCUUCACAAGACAUCCUUUUGAAGAGCUGUCACCUGGACAACAACUUUGCAAGGAAUGUAGAGGUGCAUUUCCUGUAGUGAAGUGUACGUACUGUAGAUCUGAAUUUCAACAAACAAACAAAGUCAAUACAAGUACGAUCUGCAAGAAGUGUGAAGUUAAUGUGAAAGCCUAUGGCAAGCCGACUGCGUGCGAGUACUGUAACAUAAUAGCAGCAUUUAUUGGCAACAAGUGCCAGCGCUGCACCAACUCUGAGAGGAAGUAUGGUCCCCCCGUCACCUGUGAACAGUGUAAGCAGAAGUGUGCUUUUGAUCGCAAAGAUGAAGAUAAAAAGAAUACUCUGUGCAUGAAAGUGGGUUGCUUCACUUGUAACUUUUUUAAUGAAGAUUUUGCUGGUGAGAGUGACGACAACAAGGAUGAUGACGACUCUCUUGGCUCUGUUAUUGUCGAUGGCAAGUUGCUGUGCUGGCUUUGCACUCUGUCCUUCAAGAGAGCCUUGGCUAAAACAAAACAGUCUGAUGCAGAGAGACGAGCACAUAAUAAAAUGAUGGCUCAAAAGGCAGCGAAAAACAAGGAAGUCAAGUUAAGAGGUCACAACAAGCGGCCGAACCGAGUGGAUGUGACCAAGAUAGGAGUCACGACAGGAGGAGGGGCUGACAAUAACAAUCCUGAUACUGGUGGGGGCAACACUGGGACCAACUCCCAACCUCCCGCCAAGAUGCCUCGAAUGAAGCCACCCGGUGACCCCUUGGACCCGAACUCGUCUGACCACGUUGUGGCCAUGACACAGCUCAAAGAACAGAUGGCAUCACUUCAAAAGCAGUUAGCUGUUAAGGAUUCAACAAUUUUGACAAAGGAUAAGUUGAUCACCGAACUGAAAGCCAAACAUUUUACAACUGAGAACGAACUUCGAAUCAAAAUGAACAACAGUCAAAAGGACCAUGAUAAGAAGGUGGAAAUGCUUCACACUAAAAUAAAAACUUUACAGAAAGAAGUAGCUACAUUGUCGAAAAGUACCAAGAAAGAACGGCUAGCAGCGAGCAGUGGAGGUGGCAGUGGCAGUGGCAGUGGCACGGACAGUCCUAGUAUACCAUAACAUUUAGUAAUAGCUGUAAGGGUAAUAUUUCGUGCCAAGCAAGACUUUCACGGUGCGAUUGUGAUGAAUGUUGUUAUUUAAAGUCACGGUUUAGUUAUGUAUUUUAUAUUACUGUACAAUUCCUGUUUAAAUAUUAUCAAAUUUUGUAUUUAAAAUAGAUUCCUAUAUUUUAAGUUAAAUUUUAUUACAAUUUUAAAUGGUUCUAGGAAAUUACGUCAUACAUCGUGUUAAAUGUAACUACUCUACUUUGGUUAAUAGUAAUGUUUAGUUAGUGUAAGUUGUGUUGUUCACAAAAGAUAUCUGAUAAUAUUUACCAGAUGUACCUUUGAUCUUAUUCUUUUAGUUGAUGAACAUAAUAAAUGAAAUAUUUAUUUUAUAUACAUUUUAAAGAUAUAUGUUAUUGAAUACUGUAGUACUUAUGAGUAUCGAUUAAAAUUUGUACUAAAUGUAAAAAUUCUGGUAUUUAACAUCUUAUUAAAUUCAUGUGUCAUUAAAUAAACAAGAAACUGAAAUUUUUAA